AUGGAGUCUACUGGACUUUUGAGCAUCCUGGUGCUAUCCAUCCUUCUAGUGAAUGUCCAGGGACCUGGUCUGACUGACAGGUUCUUUCCCAAGAGAUGCCCCAGAGUCCAAGAGAAUUGUGAAUUCAAGGAAAGGGACCAAUGUUCGAAGGACAGAAAAUGCCAGAUCGGCGAGAAGUGUUGUGUCUUCAGCUGUGGACGGAAAUGUUUAAAACUCCAUCAGGUCCCCCUGCAGACAUAUGCAGCAUGCCCAAAGAACCUGGCCCCUGCCUUGCCUCUUUCCAUCGUUGGUGGUAUGAUAAGACAAAUAAUACCUGCUCCAGCUUCAUCUAUGGUGGCUGCAAAGGGAACCAUAACAACUUCCAAUCCCAAGACAUGUGCCAGAGGUUCUGCCGCAAAAAAAGGUGAGUCCCAGGGGCCCCAGUCUCCUGUCCUCGCCAGGGUUAUGCUGUGGGGGGGUGGCCUUGGUGUCCCUUGGUCCCUUCUGGGAUGGUUACAUCCUUGAGGGAACCAACUCCCAUCAGGAGGGAAGGUGUCUUGCAGAGGGUUGGACAGUGGCUUUCUGGGAACUGAGGUUGGGAAGGGACGCAGUUGUGAAUCAAAGCUGGUGAGUGUGACAAGUGGAGGGAGGAUGCAGACAUGAUGAAAUCCCAGAGCUUCAGGGAAGUCACAGGAUAU